CUGUAAACUGCGUCAGACAUGGCGGCGACCUGUCCUUAGAGGUGAAGACACACACUUGUAGUCACAAAUAUCAUCAUUUUAUAGACGCAACAGCAGCAGCAGCGGCGGAGAACAUGAAGCUGAAAGACUUGGCGAAGUGGAAUAAAAGAGUGUCCGCGGCGUAUGCCAUUGGUAUCUGGAGCAUGGUAGUUUCAUACGGUUAUUUCAAAUACACGGGUCGAUUUGAGGGCAUGCCCGUGAGAAACGAAGAGGAGACUCAAGAGCCCGAAGAUCCAAAUAAAUUCGUCCACCAGACGGCUCACAGCAAAACUGUCAUGGUCUACAAGAAGGACUUUGUUCCAUACAGCACACAGAUCCAAAACUUCCUCAGCACGUUAUUCAGCAGUGGACCUGGGAGCGGAGACGUGGGAAAGUAACUGCAUCAGUGCAAAAAACAGACUGGAACUGGAUGUUUUUUCAUGUCAAGAGAAAAUCUGUUCUUUUGUGUGAGAUUGUUAUUAUAAUGUGUAAACUUGGAGUCUGUCUAACCUGCCAUUGUGUUUGAAUAUUUAAAAUUCAUCACAGGUUAUUUUAUGAUACCAUGAUGCAUUAUAUCAUAAUGCGACAUGAUAUGUUCAGGGUUCCCACGGAACGGGUGAAAAUCGACCCUAAAUAUACAUUGAAAUAUCACUGAAAGUGCUUGAAUAUUGUGCAAGAAGUUGAGUUGAUAUCUAGAAUGUUUCCCACCACCAAUGUGCCCUUUUUUGUUAUGACGCCACCUACUGUUUCAUUGCUUGAUGGUCUACACAGAACACACGUCCAGUCCAUAUGACUACGCCAUUGAUGUGACAUUCCAUGCAGAACAAUAAGUGAGUAACGUCAAGCAAGA